AUGGUCUCUCUGGUCUCAGGAAGCAUGGCGUCAGUGUUGUCACAGCUGAUGGGUCAGUGGAUGGAUGUUCAGGGACUCCUGAUAUUUCUGUGUGUGCUGCUGUUGGUGAAACACCUGCGAGAUGUUCAGUCAAAGAACAUGCCGCCAGGACCCUUCCCUCUGCCUUUCCUUGGAAACCUAAUGAGUAUAGGCUUUAGUGAUCCAAUGGAGGUUUUUCCGAAGAUUGCUGAGCGGUAUGGAGAUGUGAGCACAUUUUAUCUGGGAAACAAACCUUGCAUACUGCUCACUGGAUACGAGACUUUCAAAGAGGCAUUUGUGGAACAGGCGGACAUCUUCACAGACCGGCCGUACUUCCCUGUGAAUGACAAAAUCUGUAACGGGAAAGGUCUGAUCUUCUCCGGUGGGCACAUGUGGCGUCAACAGAGGCGUUUUGCUCUGGCAACACUGAAGUAUUUUGGUGUGGGCAAGAAAACACUAGAAAACUCCAUCCUGCAGGAGUGUCUCUUUGUCUGUAGUACUUUUCAAACCAAGCAAGGUUUGCCAUUCAAUCCUCAUCACAUCUUGAACUAUGCAGUGGGCAAUAUAAUAUGCAGCCUGGUUUUUGGCCACAAGUUUGAGUAUGACAACCAUCAUUUUCACGAGCUGUUGCAGUAUUCAGAUGACACCUUCAAGCUUCCCAUCAAUGUCUGGGGCCGGCUGUAUAACACGUUUCCCGCCGUGAUGUCAUUGCUGCCAGGAAAGCACCAGACUGCAUUUGCCAACCUUUCCAAGCUGAAGCUCUUUUUUCAGGAUGAAAUCAGGAAGCACAAAGAGGACAGAAACCCUUCCUGUCCUAGAGACUACAUUGACUGUUAUCUGGAUGAAAUUGAGAAGUGUAAGGACAGUGAGGCAGAGUUCACAGAGGAGAACCUGAUACACUGUGUGUUGGAUCUGUUUGGAGCCGGAACAGAAAGCACUGCUAAAUCACUCAGCUGGGCUUUACUCUACAUGGCCAAGUAUCCAGAUGUGCAAGAGAGAGUCCAGUCUGAGAUCGAUCAGGUGAUUGGACAGACGCGUCAGCCGUCGAUGGAGGACAGGACACAUCUGCAGUACACCUACGCUGUGAUCCAUGAAAUUCAGAGGUUCGCGAAUGUUCUUGCCUUCAUUCCACCGAGAGUUGCCAGCAGAGACACCACAGUAGCAGGAUGCCUCAUUCCAAAGGGCGUGAUGGUGCUGCCGAUGCUGAAGCCAAUCCUACAGGAUAAGAAUGAGUACAGCACUCCGGAUGAAUUCAAUCCUGCACACUUUCUGGAUGAAAAUGGCAAAUUUUUGAAGAGAGAAAAUUUCAUCCCCUAUUCAAUAGGUAAGAGGAUGUGUCCAGGUGAGCAGCUCGCUGGAAUGGAGCUCUUCCUCUUCUUUAUCUCGCUGAUGCAGCGUUUUACCUUCCUGCCUCCUGAGGGACAAACGCUGAGUCUCAAAAGAACAGUUGCCAUCGCUUCUGCUCCUGAACCUUUCCAUAUUCGUGCUGUUCCUCGAUAAUGCCACACUAUUGCAACCUAAAAUAAAGAAUCGCCUCAUUAAAGCACAUUGAUGAAGUACAGAUAA